AUGGAUCCGGUCGCGGACCCGUCGCCGUCGCGGCGGUCCCUGAAGCGGCGGCCGCCGGCGCGGUCACCGGAGCUGUCGCCCAAGGCGGGUCCGGGGGCAGGGGAGGCGGCGGAGGAGGAGCUGAUCCGGCGGGUGGAGGAGCUGGAGGCGGCGGCUUCGCGGCUGCGCGGGGAGAAGGAGGCCGCGGAGGAGGACGCGCGGGGCCUGCGGCUGGAGCUCGACGCGGAGCGGGCCUCCGCGGAGACGGCGGCCAGCGAGGCCAUGCUCAUGAUCGAGCACCUGCAGCGGGAGAAGGCCGCCGCGCAGAUGGAGGCCCGCCAGUUCAAGCGCUACGCCGAGGGCCGCGAGGACAGGGAGCGCGAGGUGCAGGAGGAUCUCGCCUCGCUCUCCGACCUCGCUGCAUCCUACCACUCCCGCCUCCAGUCCCACGGCAUCGACCCGGACUCCUUCACCGACGAAGAGGAGGAUGAGGAAUCGUACGAGGAGGUGGGCGCCGAAGACGUGGAGCAGGUCGACAUGACUGGGCAUGAGGUGGAGCGGAACGCCCGCGACUCGAGCAGUGGCAUGGAGGUGAAAGCCAUGGUCGUCGGCAACGACCGCGAUGGGGAGGAAGAGGAGGACGAGGAGGAGGAGGAGCCGUCGUCCCCCGUGGAGAAGGAAUUCGAGUACACGGUGGAUGUUACCUGCGCGAGCACAACGAAACCAGCUACGUCUGUGGUCGCAGAGUAUGUGGGCGACGGGAACUCGGGGGGAUUGUAUGCAAGGGUCGAGGCGCUGGAGGCAGACAGGGUGGCGCUGCGGAGGGAGAUUGCCGCUCUGCAGGCGGAGAGGGCACAGCUGGUGAUGGCCAGGGAGAUGGCGCGGCGGCUCUGCUGGGAGAUGGUUGCUGAGCAGAGAGCCAUUGUGAAGAAAGCAGUAGUCCCUGCGAGCAGUUUCUCAGUGCUCAGGAUUUGCAAGCUCAGUAAAUAUCCAUUAAUGCAGGCCAUAAUGGAAUUACUAGACAAAAUUGUUCUUCCAAAACGUUAUGUGGGUGCUCUCAAUACUAUUUUGGAGAAACAGAAGCUCUACAGUCAAGUAUACCUUUGGUUUGUCGACUACAUUCCUUGGCCUCCUGCUGCUUCUCGACAGAUCCGCAUUGUUGAGUCCCUGGUUACGUCUGCCAAGGCCACAAAGAUGACUAUGACCUUCUCCAUACUAACAGCCAAAUGCUCGUAA